AUGGGCCGCAAAGGCGACAGGGCGUUCUCAGCGUGUUGCGAGUCGUGCCCAUCGAUUUUUCCCCUCCUCUCCGCCGGCGACGGUCCUCCCGACCGGAUCCAGCGCAGCCACCCUCCCCCCUCGGAUCCAGCGACGCCGCCUGGCCUCCCCCGGUCCCACCACCGUAAGACUCCUCUCGGUCCAGCGACCUUGAGCACAGAGAUGCGGGGAGUCGGAGGUCCACUGCUCACUGUCAGCGAUCUCUUGAGCGACCUCGCCGUCGAAGGAGGCGACGACCACCUCGACGGCGGAGGCGACGCCUCUGUUCCCUCUUCCCCCUUGGCAGCGCAUCAGGUGGAGGAGGCCGACCCCUCCGAGCUCCAGCGGCUCUUCGCGGAAGACUAUGACAAUUUGAUGAAGUCGCUACAGGAGAAUGACCCUUCGUGGCCUUCCCUGAUGCUGAAGUUGUGCAGGGCGUUGAAGACUUCCGAUAAGCUGCUGAGCUGCGCGAAUGUGAAAGCUGAGCAGCUGCUAGAGAAGGUGGAGAAACUGGAGCAUGUCUUAGAGAGGGGAGAUCGUGCAGUGGGAUCAAUCAUAGAGGUUCUUCAGAGCAUGCAGCUCACCGAGGAUCAUCAGACCUCCAAAUCGCACCCACCUAGCAAGUAG